AUGAUUGGAGACCUACAAAUUCCCCGUCUGGGCAAAUUUCUGCCGCUAUUGGUUUGGGCGUUUUUGGACAAGGGUUUAGCCUUAAAUACCCCUACCCCUACCCCUACCACUGCCACAAGUCCACACUCCAUUCUCCAUUCCGAAUCUCUAAUCUUCUUCCACCAUCCCUCCGAUCUCUUCACCGCCGCGUGCAAAUUCUGCUUCCGGCACCGCAACGAACACCGCCUUCUCCGCCUCAGCUAUUCUCGUUGCAAGGUAAUUGUUAAUCGCCAUCGUGGAGCUCUUCUCCUCGCUGUUGCGUCUCGUCUCACUCUCACCGCGAACGUCUCUCCUCAUCGUCAUCUCUGUUCCACUGCUCGAGCAGUCGAGCUUCUUCCCUUUGUUCUCCAGGUUCUCUCUUUCUCUGCUAAGUUUCUUGACGAGGCUGUGAAAGUCUUCAAGGCUAGAAUUAUGGAAUUAGCCCUCUUUAGUUGCUUGUUGAGGACUAUUGUAUUUUGAUUAACUUCAUUUAGUGAUUUUGUUCAGGUUCACUAUUCUUUUCAAUUUGAGUUAAUUCUUCUAAAACAAUUUUGUUAUUUUUUGGUGGUACUUAUUAAUUUUGUUGAUUGUUGAUUUAGUUGUCUAAUUGUAUGGAUUUUGACUUCUGAGUUUGUUUUCUGAACUUCUGAUGCCAUAUGUAAUUGAUAAUUAUGUUUUGAACUUUUGAUGUUGCAUGUUGUUGGCUUCUUAAUGUGAUUAGAAAUUUUCUGUAAAUAUUUAGUUAUUGGCUGUAUUUAAUUUGUGUUUGGAAAUUGUAGUUGUUACUAAUUAGAAAUUUUUAUUUUUGAAGAUAGAACAACUAAAUAGUGAUCAAGCAUUACAUAUAUUAAUUUUUAAUAAUUUUAUUUAAUUUUAAUAAAGCCGGUUGAACCCCAAUCAAACCGAUAAACCAUUGAACCAGUAAUCUUAUCGGUUUAUUGACCGGUCCAGUUCUCGCAACUUUGCUUCCGAACCCCUCCAAGUUCCAACCCUAAUUUCCAUUGCACCCUAGUUCGGCGUCGUCUGUCCCUCUCUCUCUCUCAAACUGCAGCAGCAGUGGUGCUCACUAAGCCAGCGUCGCCUAACAUUCAAAAUUUAGUCACCUCUGGAAGCUCUGCUCGGCCCUCUUCUCCUCUACGUCGUUGCGUCUGGCCCUCUUCUCUCCCGCACAAGCUCUUCUCCUCUGCGUCUUUGUAUAAUCGUUCCUCCUUCGCUAGCAAUUCUGUUUCGCUCCUCCCUGCCUCGCCGUCUGUUUCGCUCUUACCUUGGCGUCAG